AUGGAUCCCUUGCGUGGAUUGCAACACCACCGCUGCUGCUCCCCUGCCUCGCCUAGAGUCCACCUCUCCGAUCACCGUUCUCAGUCCCUCCACCGCCGCUGUCAUCGUUCUUCGAGCACUCAUUUCCUCCGCACUCACAGGAUCUCAUUCUCUCUCCGUCACCACCACGUCCUUCUCCCGAGAAUCGCUUGCCGCGUUUCUCCUCCUGAAACCAGGGAUGAAGAAAGGAUGGACAAAUCCAGGUCGAAACAGAAAGUGCAGCUCAAUAUUCGUCUCGAUCACCAAGUUAAAUUUGGUGAGAAUGUAGUCAUUUUGGGAUCAGUGAAGGAGCUGGGUUCAUGGAAAAGGAAUGUGCCAUUGAAUUGGACGGAAGGUGGAUGGGUGUGCAAUUUGGAGUUGGACGGUGGUCAGUCUAUUGAGUAUAAGUUUGUUGUUGUGAACAAGGACAAGCGCACGUCGUGGGAAGGUGGUGAUAAUCGGAGGCUGAAUUUGCCGAACGAGGGGAGUUAUGAGAUGGUGUGUAGGUGGAAUGCAACUGGGGAAGGUGUUGAUUUGUUGCCUGCUGGUUCAGAGCAGAAGCAGGACAGAACAGAGAAAAUUGGCCAUGAUGGACCUAGCAGUGCCCCUCCCAUUCAUGAUGGUGAGCCAAGCCCUUUUGUUGGACAAUGGCAAGGAAAGGCUGCAUCAUUCAUGAGGUCCAAUGAACAUAGGGACAGGGAAGGUGAUAGGAGAUGGGAUACUUCUGGUCUUGAGGGAUUGUCUCUAAAGUUAGUCGAAGGUGAUCAGAGUGCAAGGAAUUGGUGGAAAAAGCUUGAAGUUAUCCGGGAGCUGAUAGUUGGAAGUCUUGAAAGUGGGGAUCGUAUGGAUGCUCUCAUAUACUCUGCCAUCUAUCUUAAGUGGAUUAAUACCGGACAAAUUCCUUGCCUUGAAGAUGGAGGACAUCACAGGCCAAAUCACCAUGCUGAAAUCUCUAGGCAAAUAUUUCGGGAGUUGGAAAGAAUAUCUAGUAGAAAGGAUACUUCUCCACAGGAAGUGCUUGUUAUUCGGAAGAUCCAUCCUUGUUUGCCAUCAUUUAAGGCAGAAUUUACAGCAUCAGUUCCUCUAACUCGCAUUAGGGAUAUUGCUCAUCGGAAUGACAUCCCUCAUGACCUUAAGCAAGAAAUCAAACACACGAUUCAAAACAAGCUUCAUAGGAAUGCCGGGCCAGAAGAUCUAGUUGCUACGGAGGCUAUGCUUGCACGAAUCACCAAGAACCCUGGAGAGUACAAUGGGGCAUUUGUGGAACAAUUCAAGAUUUUCCAUCAGGAGCUUAAGGAUUUCUUCAAUGCUGGAAGUCUUACUGAGCAGCUUGACUCAGUUAGAGACAGCUUUGAUGAUAAGAGUCUUUCUGCUCUCACAUUGUUUUUGGAUCGCAAAAAGAACUUGGAUGCUUCAAAACGGUUGACCAACAUUAGCGAAUUGAUUGAGACCAUGCAGUCUCUGAAUGGUCUUAGAGAUAUGAUUGGAAAGGGUCUUGAAAGUGGUCUCAGGAAUGAUGCCUCUGAUGCUGCUAUAGCUAUGCGUCAAAAGUGGCGUCUUUGUGAAAUUGGCCUAGAAGACUACUCUUUUGUACUGUUGAGCAGAUUCAUCAAUGAACUUGAAUCAAAGGGAGGGGCUAAGUGGCUUACUGACAAUGCAGAAUCAAAGAAUGUCAGCUCAUGGAACGAACCACUUUCUUCCCUCAUUAUUGGUGUUCAUCAACUGGCCUUAUCUGGGUGGAAGCCAAAAGAAUGUACAGCCAUUGAAAAUGAACUCCUUGCAUGGCAAGAGAGAGGUCUCUCUGACAAGGAAGGAGCUGAAGAUGGCAAAAUGAUUUGGGCACUGAGGCUCAAAGCAACUCUCGAUAGAGCAAGAAGAUUGACUGAGGAAUACUCAGAAUCACUUCUUCAGAUAUUUCCGCCAAAAGUACAGAUUUUAGGCAAAGGACUCGGAAUUCCAGACAAUAGUGUGAGGACAUACACUGAAGCUGAGAUUCGAGCAGGGGUAGUUUUCCAAGUGUCCAAGCUCUGUACCGUGCUUUUGAAAGCAGUCAGAAAUAAUCUUGGGUCCCAGGGUUGGGAUGUUCUUGUUCCUGGGGCUGCUGUUGGCAUAUUAGUUCAGGUCGAAAGCAUUGUACCCGGAUCAUUGCCGCCAAGUGCAAAAGGUCCCAUAAUUCUUGUGGUCAACAAGGCUGAUGGGGAUGAAGAGGUCACAGCUGCCGGAAGCAACAUAGUAGGAGUCGUGCUUCUGCAAGAACUGCCUCACUUAUCUCAUCUAGGUGUUAGAGCCCGCCAGGAAAAAGUUGCCUUUGUAACAUGUGAAGAUGAUGACAGACUUGCUGAUAUACAAAAACUCCUUGGGAAAUUUGUGAGGCUGGAUGCAUCUUCAAGCGGUGUAAAUCUAACUCAAACCUCGUCAAAUGAGAUCACUUACAAUUUUGCUGCGGAAGAUAUUGCAGGCAAUGGUGCAUCUGCAGUUAGAAAAACAGAGCUUCAAGACCCUACCAUUAAACCUUCUUCACCUAACGAGGGUGCAUCUGCUGGAGGCGUCAUAUUGCUCGCCAAUGCAGACCCACUUACCUCUGGUGCAAAGGCGGCUUCAUGUGGUCUCUUAGCUUCUUUAGCGGCCGUUUCAAGUGAGGUCUCCAAUGACCAUGGGGUAUCAGCUUCAUUCCAAGUCCCGAAGGGUUUAGUUAUCCCUUUCGGUUCGAUGGAAAGGGCACUCGAACAGUCCAAUUCGACCGAAACUUUCAAGUCGCUCCUACAACAGGUAGAAGAAGCUAAGCUGGAAGGUGGCCAACUCGACAAACUCUGCACCCAACUCCAGGAGUUGAUUAGUUCCCUGCAGCCACCAGAUGAAGUCAUGGAUGCCAUCAGCCAAACAUUCCCGGGAAACGCCCGUCUGAUCGUACGUUCAAGUGCCAACGUGGAAGACUUGGCCGGAAUGUCUGCCGCCGGACUCUACGAUUCCAUCCCCAACGUGAGUCCAUCGAACCCAACCGUUUUCAGCGGAGCAGUGAGUCGAGUGUGGGCUUCCUUGUACACGAGGCGAGCAAUUCUGAGCCGUAGAGCAGCUGGCGUGCCUCAGAAGGAUGCCACCAUGGCCGUUCUGGUACAAGAGAUGCUAUCGCCGGAACUCUCCUUCGUGCUCCACACGCUCAGUCCAACCGACAACGACAGCAACUCGGUCGAGGCCGAGAUUGCUUCCGGCCUCGGUGAGACCCUGGCAUCAGGCACGAGGGGAACUCCAUGGCGUAUGUGUUGUGGCAAGCUGGAUAAGUCUGUCAAGACCUUGGCAUUUGCGAAUUUCAGCGAUGAAAUGGUGGUCGGCAGCGCAUCAUCGCCUGCAGAUGGUGAGGUGGUUCAUCUGACUGUGGACUACAGCAAGAAGGCACUGACGGUCGACUCGGUGUUCCGUAACGAGUUCGGUCAGCGGCUUGGUGCGAUUGGGUGGUUCCUCGAGGACAAGUUCGGUGGACCACAGGAUGUUGAAGGGUGCAUUGUCGGAGAAGAUGUCUACAUUGUUCAAACGCGGCCGCAGCCUCACUAG